AUGGUGUCUGCGAAAGCAUCGUGGCUAUCCAGAUGCGGGCGAACGAGUCACGCCUUGACGUUUGUGACGCUCACGUCACUGUGGAAAAACGCUUCUCAAGCUGAUGCAUCGCGCAUACACUUCGGGAUGAUUCGAAAGGGCUACGCUGCAGAGACGCUGAGAGAGCGAAGAGAAAAGGGCUAUGAUGCAGAAACGCUGGAAUCGCGAGGAGAAAAGGGCGACGUUGGCUACUUUGGUAUUUGGCACCACCCCGCCUUCGCCCCAAGAGGAAGGUACUAG